AUGAUCAUCGAACACAAGAGCAACCAACCCCAGGGAGUCAUCAUGAGCUAUAACCCGGAAAGGAUCUCCUCCUACCGUCGCCGCUUCGAGAGCGGACUGGCCUCCUCAUCCCCCUCUCUCCAGAGCCGCGUCUCCAGCCCCUCCUCAACUCAGUGGAGCAACCGGGGAUUCUCAAGCUACAAUCAAGCUACGAGCUACAAUCGUAAUACUGUCGUGGGGAGCAAGGCACUGCCUGGUUCCCGCAGCAGGGUACAGGUGACUGGCAUGAGAGCCCGGUACUUGAGCCGUGCCGCUGGGGCUGGGGCUGGGGCUGGGGCUGGGGAUCUGGAUGCAGCGUCUGCAGAGAACCAGGCCUUCCUGAACACUCGCACCUCCGAGAAACAGGAGAUGAUCACCCUUAACGACCGUCUGACCAAGUACAUUGAGAAGGUGCGUUCCCUGGAGUCUCAGAACAAGACUCUGGAGACGGAGAUUGAAACGAUGCAGAACCGCUUCAACAGUCCCUCAGGCCUGCACAUGCUCUACGAGGAACGACUGAGGGAGAUGAGGAGGGUGGCUGACCAGAUGAUGGCUCAGAGGGACCUGGCGGUUGCUGCUAAGGAUGCCAUGGGUGUCCAGGUGGAGAUGCUGAAGGCCAGGUACAGUGAGGCUCUGGAGGCCCACAAGAAGGCCGAGAGGGACAUCGAAGCUGUCCGCCCCGAUGUGGAUGCUGCUACUGCUGGCCGCAUCACCCUGGAGAAACAGCUGGAUAACCUGGAGCACCAACGGGAGUUCCUACAGAGGGUCCACAAGCAGGAAAUCGAGGAGCUGAAGGCUCAGCUCUACAGCUGGAUGGCUAAGGGGGAUAUGGCGUUUGCUCUGCCCAACCUCGGCACUGCAUUCAAGUCCAUCCAGGCACAGUACGACAGCAUGGCGUCAAAGAAGUUACAGGAAAUGGAUACAUGGUACAAGACUCAAUUCCAGGGCAUGUCGCAGAAGUCAACGAGACGCGUGGAAUCUAUCUGCAGCGCCAGAGAGGAGAUCAAAGGGCUGAAGACAGAGAUAUGUAGUCAGGAGUGGGAGGUGGAUAGGCUGAGGACCAGGAACGAGGUUCUGGAGGCAAAGCUGCGUGAUGCUACCGAACGCUACAGGAACGAGGAAGAGACUCUCCAGGCCAGGAUCGAUACUUUCAAUCAGGAGCUGAGUGCCAUCAAGGGCAAGAUCACAGUGACGCUGAAGGAAUACCAGGACCUCCUGAAUGUUAAGAAGUCCUUGGAGAUGGAGAUCACAACCUACAGGAAACUGAUCGAGGGUGAGGACAGCCGCAUGAACAGCAUGGUGAGCAGUUUGCCCCUCAUGGGCAGCGCUGGCAUGAUGGCCUUGGAAAGCGCGUCAUCUGUGAGUGCAAGUAUCGUGUCAGCUACCGAAAAGCGUGCUAGCCUGACGUUUGAAUCGGCUUCCGUGACCAACGGUGUGUCCAAUGGCGUGAACGGUGUGUCCAAUGGUGUGAGCGAGGUGUUAAACGGUGUAAACGGUCAUUUCGUGGAGAUGGAGCCCAAGAUUGUGGUCAAGACCAUCUCCUCAUCCUUCCCCGUGCAGCAGGCCGUAGAGGUGAUCUAG